CAGCACUCGAGGUGCGGCCUCACCAGUGCUGAGUACAGAGGGGCAAAUUACUUCCCUGCUCCUGCUGGCAAUACUGUUUCUGAGACAAGCCAGGAUUUCCCCUUUUAGAUUAAAACUGUUCCACCUUGUCCUAUACCCACGAAACCAUAUAAAAAGUCACUCGCCACACACGCUAGAUACCAAAUAUGCUGUUGACUUGCAAACCUUUCCUAGACUCUCUAGAAACCUAGACUAGACUCAGGCUAGAAAUGCUCGUGUGGCUCCAGGGCUGCAGGCCUGGCCAAGGGACAGCUCCGCUCCUGCCUCUGGCAGGGGAGCUCUGCCAGCAGGAAGAGGGAGGCCAUCCUUCCGCCCUGCUGCAUGGCAGCACCGAGGCCUCACUCUGCGCUGCCUGCCAGAGCUGCUGCUCUCUUGCCUGGGGACCCACGCCCACACCCCCUGUGAGGUAGUGACCAUGAUGUCACAGUGGGUGGCAGGGAGUGGCCAUUGUGACCUGCGGGGCUGGGAGCAGAGCAAAGGCUGCCAGGCUCAGGACGAGCAUCAGUGCGGCCUGGUGAGGCGCAGAGAGAGCAGGGACUCUCCGAGAGCUCACCGUCGAUGCACACCAUGUCCAAUAGGAAGCGGAAGGCCCCCGACUCAGGGGAGUCAGCGUGCGUGCUGUGUGGCCGGGCAGAUGUUGACCCGAACAUCUGCGGGCGCACAUUUUCUGACAGUGGAGUUUGUGUCCAUGAGUUCUGCUUGGUGAGUUCCCACAAGGGUUCCUGCCAACUUCCUGCUGGGGUUGCUCCUUUCCUUUCUCUCCUAAGGAGAUACCUGCCCUUUUCUCUCCUACAGACUUUUGCCACCAUCCGUUUUGAAGAAGGAACCCCACGAGGGGAAUCCGUGCGCCUCCCCCUUGCUGCCAUCAGACGCAGAGUCAAGCAUGCAAACCAGAAGCAAUGCUUUGUUUGUGGCGAGAGGGGGGCCACCAUCAGCUGCGCAGAGAGCGGCUGUGAACAAUGCUUCCAUCUGCCCUGUGCUGCAGAUGGAGAAUGUGUCACCCAGUUCUAUGGGCCACGCAGGUCCUUCUGCCGGGAGCACCGCCCUCAACAGGCAGUGGAGGCAGCUCCAGCACAGAACACCAACUGCCUCAUCUGCCUGGAGCCCGUGGGGGACACCUUGUCCUACCACACCAUGGUCUGUCCAGUGUGCAAGCACGCCUGGUUCCACCGCUGCUGCAUCCAGGGACAGGCCAUGAGCGCCGGCGCAGCGUGCUUCCAAUGUCCCAUAUGCAGAGAUAAGAAGCAAUUCUGCUAUGAAAUGACCAUUCUGGGGAUCCAAACCACAUCCCGACCACCAUCAUGGGAGGACAACGAUGCGUAUGCAUCGCUGCGAGAGAGGCAUGAGCGCUGCGAUGUCAGCAAGUGCCUCAACCCAGGAGGCAGGGAGCAGGCAGAAGAAGAGGGGCCCUGGCAGCUGCUGCUCUGCAGCUCCUGUGCUGCUCAAGGCACCCACCGGCGCUGCUCCUCCCUGGCAGACACCACAGACAGCUGGGAGUGUGACAGCUGUGCUGGCGUGGGCACCGCCUCCAGCGCAAACAUGGAGCUCGCUGGCUCCAGCAGUGCCAGCCAGGAGGGGCUGAGGCCAUCCCACAGCUCCUCAGUCCCUGAGAACACCAGCUCAGGACCCACCAGCCAAGCAGCGUCAGGCCCGUUACACCAUCCCCAGCUGCCUGAGCUCAGCGGCCGUCCCAGCGAGCCCGAGACAGAGCUCUGCCACCAUUUACGUGAGGAUCGGGAUUCCUCUGAGCCACGCCGAGGGCGCCGAAGGAGCAGACGGACAGCAGCUGCAAGUGCUGAGAGCAGCUCCCAGACCUCCACCAGACAGAGGGCAUUGAGGUCCUCCAGAGACUCCCCAGUGGCUGCUCACAGAAUGUGGGGGUCAGGCCGGACACGAAGCCGUUCCCCAUUACAAGAUCGGGCCUCAAGUUCCCAGAGCCGCCCCAGAAGACAGCGUGGCAGCAGGCAGAUGCCCUCAAGGGAGUCCCAGCUGCCUGAAGGCAGGCGACAGCCCAGCCGGCAAGGAAGGAGGAGACCAUGAGGGCUGGUCCAGAGAGCGGGAGCCAUUCUGAGCAUGAAGCCACUCCCGUGUCCAUCUUCGGAAAAAUCCCCACAGCCAACCCCAAAGUCUGUGUAGGAGCAGCUGUGUGCCAGUCCCACCUGCUGGCUCUGGUCCCCGGCAGCCAAGACACAAUAAAGCUGGGUGACCUUA